GGGGGGAAGAGUGAGAGAGAUGGAGAGACAGUCAGUGUUAUUCAAGUGCGCGGUGGGGUAGGAUAUACGCGUGUGUUCAUGUGUGUGUGUCUCAACUUCGCGUAAUGUGACAAUGGAUAUACACUAUCUCUAUUUGGUAGUGGCAGCCCUGCAGGGAUGGGUGACUGCCUCAGGAUUCCGCCGAUGCACCUACAGUAAAGAGCUAAAGAUGAUGGGUGCCAAUUGUUAUGAGCUCAACUUCGAGGAGAUCCCUAAGACUCUCAAUAAAGACAUUGAGUUUCUGUAUAUGGGGAAGAAUCGGAUCCGUACACUGACCAACUCUAGCCUCCAAGAGUACACCUCUCUGCGGUACCUCUAUCUGGGGGACAACUUCAUACAAAAGAUAGAGACUGGAGCCUUCUCUGAGCUGGAGGAUUUAGAGGUUUUGGAUCUCAGUCGCAAUGCACUCAUCAGCCUACCCACAGACCUUCCUCUACCUCUGCGCAAACUGUACCUUGCUGACAACCAGUUUUUGCGUAACCUCAGUCUCUCUGCAGCUUUCAAUCUCAACUUCCUCAACAUCGCCAAGUGUGACCUCAAGAAAAUCCCAGCCAUCGGCAUGCUUCCAAAUCUUCAGGUGCUGAAUGUUAGUGACAACCCCCUGCAGAGUGUGACUCCGGCUGACCUGGCGCCCCUGUGUCGGCUGGAGGUUCUCCACCUGCCGCCAUCACUGUACAGCCAGAUGGAUGACGAGACGCUGUGUCAAUGUCAUCGCCUCCUCACUUGGACCACUCAGCGAUACAUCAAACUUCCCGCCUUCAACUGCACCCCUCUCAGGGAUCCAGAUGCAGCAGGCUGCGACACAGACCUCAGUGAAGAGAUUAAGAUGUACAAAUCCUGUCUGGUUGCCACCCCUGCAACCACUACCCGCCACCUGCUGCUGGCAGUUCUAGCAGGUGCUUUGCUUCUGGCAGUUGUCGUCAUCGUCUGCUGGUGGCGAAAGGGUCGCACGAAAAAGAACUCGGUCCAAGAUCAAAAGAGGACAGAUAAGAACACCAAAGUAGCUGACACCCUGAUCACAUGAUCCUUCAUUGUUGUAUUCCUAGUUCCUACUUUAACUUGGUGUAAACAUUUUAUACUCCUUUCCUCCUUCAAUUACAUAACAUUAGAAGAGAAGUCAACUUUGAUACACUGAUACUACUGUGUGGUUGUGAACCUUAAUGAAAGUUUAUAGCAAUUGUGACUAAAAUUGUCUAGAGUACCACAAAUAAUGUUACAAUGAGAUAAUGUUAUGCCUUGAGAGUUGAACUAUACGAGUUUUUAUGAGAAAAAAAACUUCGCUGAUUAAUUGCAGUCUCUAGCAUCUACAGUAUUUAUUUUGUUAUUAAACAGUAUUUUGUCUAAACCAAUAUUACUUCUCUUCUAAUAUUUUGUUUAAACAUUUUGAGUACAAACUCUUGUACUUAAGCAAGUUUUUAGACUGAUGAAAUCCAACUUGUACUUAAACUUGUGCAUUUAUUUACUUUUUACAUUGUAUGUGUAUUAAAGAAAAAUAUACAAUUUUUCUAUGAUUUUUUGUGCAUAAGCCUUUAACAGAACAUAAAUCAUGGUCUCUGUUUCAUUAAGUAGAAUACAAUUAUUGUAUAUAUACAUAUAGUAGAUAGAAAUAGUCUUUGUUGUUAUUUUUUAACCUGUAUGUGCAUUAUUAACAUUAAUAAUGGAAAUGUCCUGUUCUAAACAGGACUUAAUUAUUGAUGUUUAAAAAACUUGUGAUAACAUUCCGUAUGAUAUUCCUGGGUUAUUGUCUUCAAAAUGGUUAUGGCUGUGUAUUUUAAUAUUUUUAAAUUUCCUAAUACCUAAAAGAUUCUAAUUUUUAAAGUUUUUUCAUCCUUAUGUAUUAAUUAGUGUAUAACUCUUCAUCCUUAAUGGAUAUAAAACAGAAUCGUUUAAAAUCUUUAACCACUUAACUAAAAAUCUAAUGUAUUUUCGAAAUUAAAGUACUGCAAAACUUACAAAUAUGUUUUUUUAUGUUAAAUUGCUAAAACAAAGUAAAUGUCAUUCACCUUAAUUUUUUCAUUUACUAUGUACACUAAGUAUGGUCUUACAUAAAGACAGGUCAAUAUUCAAUACUUAUAGUGUAUAUGAUAGUUUUGAGAUGAUAGUGCAAUUAUUUUUUUUAAUUAAAGUUCCCCAAUCAGUCAUUUACAUUUUUGUACAAUUACAAGUUAAUUAAAAGAAACAUUAAAUUUUCAUUGGAUUUAGUUUUGUAUUAUAAUAAAUAAAUAAAAAGCAUGAGUUUUUAAAACUAUUAAAGAAAUGUAAAUAAUGCAGGAUUACCUUUUCAAUGUAUGUAAUAAUACUACAAUAAAAAUCUUAAUUUGUAUUAUCUUUAUUAUCAUUAAAGAUUAAUAGAAAUUAUAUAGGAACAUAAUUAAUUUGGGUGAACUUUUUAUGUAUUCUUCGUUUUUAAUAAAAAUGUUUGCAUUUCUUGUUUUUGUUACCAAGCAACUUAAGACUAAAUAUUUUUCAAAUGUAAAUUUGUUUUAUCUAAGAAUCUUGUAAAUUUUUAGGAAACUGCACCAAAGUUUUAGGGAUUUUUGGAAAUUCAAAGCCCGCAAAGCACACAAAUCCAUUACUUUGUAUCACAUAACAACCUUAAUACUGAUAUAAAAUAAUACCAACAGUAUUUGAAACAAAUAAUUUUCCUCUAAAUUAAUGAUAACUCCACAGGUGGAGUUAUUAUUCUUGUUGACAAUUAUUGUUGUUAAACAUAACUGUAAAUAUUCGUACAUAAUAGUUUUAUGAAUACAAUAUUUAUCUUAUUUUAAGUUAUUUUACUUGGUCUACCUCUUCCAGCCAAAUCAGGUUAUCAUAACUACAUUAUUGUUUUUUGUAAUUGGGAAACAAUCUCUAACUUAAACUAAUCAAUAGUAAUGGGAAUAAUUAUCUGUGAUGUAGUGGUAGCUUGCUCACCUGGCAAGUGAGAGAUCCGGGCUCGAGGCUCGGUGGAGCAGGUACGUUUUUGAUAAAAUUUUUAUUGAAACUAUAUAUAUAUAAUAUUAUAUAUAUAUUAUAUAUAUAUGUACAUAUGUACUGUAUAUGUAUUAUGUAUAUACAGAAAAGUAUAAUAAGUUAAAUUGAAAUCUGCCUGGUUGGCUGAGAGAGGGUUAAUUUAUAUUUGUAUGGUUUUGGAAGGGAGCUGAAGAGUUAUCUUUGUUUGGAUUUUAUAAUUUUAUAUUGGUGUGAUUUUUAUAGAUUAUUUCUUUAAUCAUUGUAACUGAUUUAAAAUAAUUUUUCAACAAUCAUGUAUGGCACAAUCUUAUCAAAUAAACAAAUAAAUCUGUUACUGACAACAAUUUGUACUAUUAUAGUAUAUUUUGGUAAAUGAUAAAUGAAAAAUAUGUGACAGUUUGUCCUUAUGACUAAAAUCUUAUGGAGAAAACAUUUUGCAUCUGGAACGUUUUGUAUCGCUAACAACCAAAUUUCCAAUCAUAUAUAUAUUUCUGAUUUUUAUUGUAAAACAGAACUCUCAGGGUAUUGAUGUUGAGUGAGUUCAAUUUCUAUCUUUGACUUAAUGUAUUGUGGAAAAUACUUGCCUUGGACAAUGCUUGUGCCAUGGUUUCGCUGUGAGUGAAAACCCAUUAUGAAUGGCUAUAGUUAAUGAUAUCCAUCACUGUUUAAAACACUUUGUUUGCAUCAGUGACCUCAACAAAAAGUUCUUCUUACUUAGGAGGCCUAACUAUGUUAAAUGAAAAUUAUGAGAUUAAAUAACACAAAUCUUUUCAUGAGCAUGUAAGCAUACAUGUUCAUUUUUUAUGAUAUUGAACAAAUAUUCAAUGUUGUGGGUGUUACUAAACGUUUAAUUAGUAGUAAUUUAAUAUUAUUGUUUUAUAAUAUUACAGCUCAUAUAUAGGCCUACACACAAGCAUGUUCACUUAAGGAAGAGCUAUCGUGUUACAAAUAAAUUAUUGCUAUUAUACUAAAAAAGAUGCAGUUAGUUUUCUGCCCAAGCAAGCCUUUCUAUAUGAACUGAUAAAUUGGCAAAAGAGAUAUUUUUACUUGUUAAAUCAUUAAUUUAUUAUGUAAUAAGUCAAAAUAAAUAAGUUUCAGUUUUAA